UAAAUCCACCGAUUUCUUUAUCAAAAAUUCCCCAUUUCCAAGGCAUACUGAAAAUCUAGUUUUGUGAGUUGGUUUGUUCCAAUGGACACGAUCAAGUCGUUCAAGGGCUAUGGAAAAGUCGAUCCACAGGAAGAACUUGCAUUCAGAAGGAAAACCCGUAAGCGUCUGAUUAUUCUCGGCAUUUCAUUAAUUGUUUUGGUUGUUUUGAUUAUUGGAGUAGUAGUUGGAACUCUUGUUCAUAGCAAGAACAAAAAUGAUUCCAAUGAAGUGCCUUCAACUCCAACUUCAUCGGCAGCUGCAAUCAAAGCUGUUUGCAGUGUGACCCAGUAUAAAGAAUCGUGUUUAACGAGCUUGUCAUCAAUGGAUUCGUCAAAUUCCACUGACCCGGAAAAUAUUUUUCAGUUUUCUUUAAAAUUAGUUAUGGAUUCUCUUGGGAAAUUGUCUACGUUCCCAGAGGAAUGGAUGAACAGAACCAAUGAUCCCCGGGUUAAAGAGGCGCUGAAAGUCUGUAAUGUCGUGUUGGAUGAAGCUGUGGAUUAUCUUAACGAUUCUAUUUCCUCCAUGAAUGUGGAUAAUGGAGAGAAGUUGAUUUCAUUACCCAAGAUCGCCGAUCUAAAAACAUGGCUAAGCACGAUUAUCACAGAUCAAGAAACGUGCCUAGAUGCUCUCGAUGAAGUGAAUGCGACUAUAGUUGAAGAUGUGAAGCUUCUGAUGAAGAAUUCAACUGAAUACGCUAGCAAUAGUUUGGCCAUUGUGUCGAAACUGCUCGGAAUUCUUCGAGAUUUUGGUUUUCCGAUUCAUAGAAAGCUUUUGGGUAGUAUGGAUCCUGGGUUUCCCAGUUGGGUUCCGGCCGGUGACCGGAGGCUCCUCCAGGAGGCGAUGCCGAGGCCAGAUGUGACUGUGGCAAAAAACGGCGGCGAUGUGAAGACUAUUAAAGAGGCGGUGGCAAAGAUUCCAAAGAAGAGCAAAACAAGAUUUGUUAUAUAUAUUAAGGCUGGCGAGUAUGUAGAGAAUGUGAUUUUGGAUAAAUCUCUGUGGAAUGUUAUGAUCUACGGCGAUGGAAAGACGGCCACCAUUAUUUCCGGCAGCUUGAAUUUCGUCGAUGGUACCCCAACUUUCUCCACAGCCACAUUUGCUGUUGCGGGCAAAGGAUUCAUCGCAAGAGAUAUCGGGUUCAAAAACACGGCCGGAGCAAUAAAGCAUCAGGCAGUUGCCCUAAGGUCCGGUUCUGAUAUGUCCGUGUUCUACCAAUGCUCAUUCGACGGUUUCCAAGACACCCUCUACGCACACUCAAACCGCCAAUUUUACCGCGAGUGUGAUAUCACCGGUACCAUCGACUUCAUCUUCGGCAACUCGGCUGUGGUGCUACAAAAAUGCAACAUUAUGCCCAGACAGCCAUUGCCUAAUCAGUUUGUGACCAUAACUGCCCAGGGCAAGAAGGACCCUAAUCAAAACAGUGGCAUGUCUAUUCAAAGAUGUACCAUGAGCCCAUUGGACAACCUUACGGCCCCGACGUAUUUGGGCCGGCCCUGGAAGGAUUUCUCUACGACAGUUAUUAUGGAGACUGAAAUUGGUGGGUUCUUGAGACCACAAGGCUGGAUUUCAUGGGUCAGUAAUGUGGAUCCUCCGAGUAGCAUUUUCUAUGCCGAGUAUCGGAAUACUGGGCCGGGAUCGAGUGUAGCCAAUAGGGUUAAAUGGGCUGGAUUUAAGCCCACUCUUACGCUGACGGAGGCCUCAAAAUAUACUGUACAGUCCCUCAUUGAUGGUGCUUCCUGGUUGCCUAAUGCAAAUGUGGUAUUUGAGUCAACCUAAUGAAAAGGAAACUGAUCGAUGCACCUUGUAACACUUUUACUUAGUUUACGGUUUGUGUUAUGUAACAUUAAUUUGUCUACACAGUUAUGGUUUUGAUAUAAAAAUUUUAAUAAUUAUAUGUAAUUCAAUAUUUAUAGAUUAUCUUUAUGAGACGAGUCAUAAUAUUGUAA